UAGGGAAUGUAUUAUGUCAAUGAGCGUCUUCAUAACUAUAUAGAGACGUUCCUGAUCUGGGGAGACAGGCUCUGAGGUGGGGACACGUUUCAGUGUGACACAGCCGAGCUGAGAGGAGACAGGCUCUGAGGUGGGGACACGUUUCAGUGUGACACAGACGCUCUGCGGUGGGGACACGUUUCAGUGUGACACAGCCGAGAUGAGCAGCAGCAGGAUGAGGUGGACGGUGGUGGUGCUGAGCUGCCAGCACGGAGACACUGUGUACUCCUUCCAGAGAGAGCUGGAGUUGCGGCAGCAGUGUGGCUCUCUCUAUGAGGGUGCGUUGGUUUUGACGGUGCAGGACCGCCAGGAGCCGCUGGGCAGCGGGGGGGCCACGCUGAACGCUCUGCUGGUGGCUGCUGAACAUCUGAGCAGCCGAGCAGGACACACGGUGGUGACGGCUGACGUCCUGGAUGAUGCUCACAUCCUCAUCCUCCACACAGGUAGAGACUUCCCCUGGAGCUCCUGCAGCCGAGCGUUCUGCUGGUUACCUGGAGAGAAGCCCGACCAGAAGGUCCAGGCUCCGGUCUGCUGCCUGGACCUGCUGCUGGAGUGUCUCAGUACCAAGAUCUGUCCUGGUUCACCUCCUGGUGUGUGGGUCUGCAGCACUGACAUGAUUCUCUCAAUCCCUCCAGACUUUGCUCUUUCCUGGCAGGGCUUCUCUGGUGUCCGGGUGCUGGCGCUACCAGGGGACGUCUCCUAUGCAGCCAAUCACGGAGUCUACCUGUCCGACCAACUGGGACAAGUCAGAGACAUCAUCUACAAGGGGACGAAGGAGCAGAUUGAAGGAGCUCUGAUGCCUGAUGGGAACGUCCCCCUGGUUUCAGGUCCGGUCUUCUUCAGCCGGUCUGUGUCAGAGAAGCUGUUGCAGACUCACGUGACUCCUCCUCUCGAUGGCUGCACGUACCUGGGCCUGGACUCUGGAGCUCCGCCCCUGCAGAUCUCUCUCUUCCUGGACGUCCUGAAGUGUCUCUGCUCCGAUCUGACUCAGGAUCAGUUUGUGAGUGAGAGAGCCGGCUGCAGUUCUGUUGCUGGACCACAGGGGGCGAUGGUGAGGGGUGGCAGGACGGCGCUGUGGAGGAUCCUCAGAGGGACUCCGCUCACACUGGUCUACGUGCCCGGCGGUCGCUAUGACUACCUGACUCUCUCUGGAAAGCAGCACGUGGAGCGGCUGAGCCGUGAUUGGCCGGACGGGAACACGCUGUCUCACAUCCAGAGAGAGAGAGGGCUCAGUGACGGAGGUCGGGUGAUCAACAGCGUUCUGGAGGCAGACGUUGCUGUGGCGACCGGAGCGGUGGUGCAGCACUGCCACCUGCAGGGUCCUCUGGACGUCCCCUCAGGUUGUCUCCUGUCGGGUCUCGAGCUGUCCACGUCACGCUGCGUCAGGAAGCUGAAAAUGACCGAUGACAUCAUCAUCCAGGGACACCGCAUCCAGCUGGGGGCGCUGCAGCUGAAGGUCUUCACUGUGAUGGGAGCGCAGGACCAGCUGGAGGUCUCCUCUGAUGACAGCGACGCCUCCUUCCUCAACCAGAGGUGGAGCCACUUCUUCAGCAGGACAGGAACACAGCCGGAGGAGUUAUGGGUGAGGGGGGGGCAGCGCUCCCUCCUGGAGGCCCGUCUCUUCCCGGUGCUCCACCCCAGGGGGGGGGCUGUGGGUCUGGAGGGAGGCGUGGCCUGGCUGCUGGGGGGGGACGGCUGCCUGCGCUGGUGGAGGGAGGCGUGGAGGCUGUCGUUAAAGGAAGUGCUGUCACUCACCCGCCAGGAGGCGGAGCUGCAUUGGAGGGAGGAGCUACUGUUCCUGGCCGGGAGGCGGAGAGUGUGUGACGCUCUGAUAGGUCGGACCGACGUCUGCCUGCUGCCUUGCUUCAGGGCCGCGGUGCUGGGGGGCCAGCAGGGGGCGCUCCUGGAGACACUGGACAACAUUGCAGGAGGUUGCAGGGAGCAGGGGGCGGAGCCUGGGGCUGAGCUGGGCGUGGCUGCUCGCUGUCUCUCCUGCAUCGCUGAUGUGUUGGUGUGUAUGGCGGGGGGGAAGGGAGGACUGAGGAGCGGACCUGCUGCUAACGAGGCCUGGAGCCCCGCCUACUUCCUGUUGGAGGAGGGUAACCUGAGGGGCGGAGUCCAGGCCCUGGCUAAACAGAGAGCUGAUUGGCUGAGCAGGCCGGACCUGCUGGUGCGUGCGGCGCGUCACUACGAGGGCGCCGGUCAGGUGCUGCUACGACAGGCUGUGAUGUCAUCACAGAGGUUCAUCUCUAUUGGUCAGGGUGAAGUCCCGCCCCUUGAUCAGUGGCAGGAAGUGGAGUGUCCGGCCAGACUGGACUUGGCAGGCGGGUGGAGUGACACGCCUCCCAUCGCCUUCGAGCACGGAGGCUCUGUGACCAACGCUGCUGUGAAGGUCGAUGGGAAACGCCCCAUCGGUGCCAGAGCCCGACGCAUCGCAGAGCCCCGCCUCCUGCUGGUCAGCCACGCCGGGGGGAGGGAGAGUGAGGUUUCCACGGAAACAGUGUGCGACAGCCUGGACGACUUGAGGGACUACUGCCAGCCGCAGGCGCCCGGAGCCCUACUGAAGGCGGUGUGUGUGGUCAGCGGCCUGGUGUCUCUCACCUCCCAGCAUCCUCUGGGGGACCAGCUGAUGCAGAGGUGGGGGGGAGGGGUGGAGCUCCACAGCUGGUCGGCGCUGCCCACUGGAUCUGGACUGGACGUUCACACGCAUCCCGUCGUCAUGGUGAUGCUCCGGCGUCCCUCUGGUCCAGCUGUGAAACCCUGUGAGGACAGGGGACAGUUCCAGUGA